AAUUGAAAAAUUAAGAAUGACAUCAUCUUUUUCUCGUUUCUACGAGACGACCUCUACCAGAAUCUUGAACUGACGUUAAUACGUGAGUUAGAGAGGGGAAAGUAAGUUGAUCGCCUCGAAGCAGUUACGUAGACGGAGACGCAGUCGUGUUUGAUGCGUGAACAUAUUCGUGUAUGUGUUGGAAAUAUUAAUAGUUUCAAAUUAUACAAAAGGUCAUAUAUCUUUCUAAAUAUCUGCAAAGUCAAACCGUCAUCAUUUAUGAAAAAUUACGAUGGCGAAAAACAAAUUUGUUGUCUUUGUGAUGACUUUGUUGUUGUUGCUAUUUAUUGGAAGUAGUGAAGCAGGAUGGAAAUUUUGGAAGAAAGACAAAGAAGCCAUUACCACUACGAUCGCUCCUAUACUUAUAAGCGUACAAUCUCCUACUAGUCCGACGCCAGAAACCACGACGACGACCAGAGGACAAACUGUCAAUACCCGAGCUGCUGCAACAAAAGCCGCUAACCCAGCAUUAGCUAUUGACGCAGGAAUCACCGAAAAAAAUACACUAAACAACGCGCGAUCUAGUCGACCUAAUCCUGGGACAGAGGUCGGUCUGGAUAUUAUCGUUCCAAAACCGAGGCAACCCGGAACUGAUGGAAAUAAUCGAAAUUAUCGAGAUUGGGCCGUAAGUUUUGCCGGAGCUGAGGAACCAUCUCGAAACCAGCCAGAAGCAUCCGCUCAGAGACCAAAGAUUAACAAUAAUAACAGCGAUAAGCCUAAUCUAUCUGCAGUGACACCCGUACCAGCAAACGUGCCAACUCAACGAAUUCAAUCAACUCAGCCGACUCAACGAACUCAAUCACCUCAACCAACUCAACCAUCUCAACCAACUAAAACAACUCAAACCGUAGCGACAAGACCGAAUUCUGUGCAAUCCGUACAACCUCAUGUGACGCCUGGUCCUACUGCACCAUCUUCCGGUAAGAGUAGAUCAAGUUCGCCUUCUACAAAUUCUGGAAAAACAUGGGCUGACGUCGCAGCUGGAGGUAGUAGACCAGCUUCACCAGGCGGGAAUGAACAAAGAAGUGUACCGGAAAGACCGACACAGUCUAGUCAAUCCAAUCGUCCAGCAUCAUCAGAAAGUACAUUAUUGAGUGGAGUUGGAACUGCAGAUUUAAAUAAGAGAACAUAUUCGAGUAAUCCAACGUAUAGUAAAGGAAAUACAGUUACUGACGAAGAUUUAGAAAAGCUUUCCGAGGCACUUUACAUCAAAGAGACCAACAACAAUGCGAACCAAUAUGUAACACUUAAUUUGCAACAAAAAACAACCAGCAGCAGUCCUACUGAUCAAGCUCCGCAGUCGCUGCUUACGGUAAAUCCUCAAGCGUUCCAGAUUUCUACGAUUCAGAGGGUUCUCUCUAUAUUUGACAAUUAUCAGUUAGACACUCAUACGAACGAGUAUAUCAGUCCCGCACAAAGAGAAGAAGAGAGUCUUCUCGUUGACACCUUUCUAAGCACAAACGUGAUGUCUACUGCUAUGCGUUUUCUCGCGGACAAAGGAUUCGUGAGGAAAGAUUAUUACGAAUAUAAAGAUACAUUGAGAAGAAUUUGGUUCAAUUUGUUUUCGCGUGGGCAGGGCAAGAUCGGUAGCACCGGAUUUGAACACGUCUUUAUGGCGGAAACGAAACAAAUAGAUACAGGCACAGAAGUGCUUGGACUGCACAACUGGAUUUAUUUUAAUGCAGAAGAGACCAAGAGACGCGUCGACUAUCUAGGUUACAUCAAAAAAAUUGAUUUAGGAAAUAAGGGGUCCAUUAUCAAGAUGCACGCGAGAUUCAAUGGUCAUGACAAACCGGUCACAACUAUGUUUAUCGGAACUUCACCAGAACUGGAGAUGGCACUUUACACUCUAUGUUUCUAUACGAGACCAGAUGGUAAUUGUCCGGUAUCUUUGGGUGGUACGAAGUUUAAUAUCGUAACACGCGCGUUUAGAUAUAGAGGAAAAAAUUUGAUUGGAACAGCGUACCCGGAUAUUUAAGUUCUGUGUAAAUGGACUAUAUACGUGUAUAUAUACAUGUGUACAAUUGUAUGAAAAACUUCCACUAUAAAAAUAUAGAAAUUUUAGUUAA